GAAUGACUGUGGUGUUGCCGUAGAACAAGACCUUAUAACCAUUAUUAUGUUAUUACUAUCGUCUGUCUGUUCAUUCUGUUCCUUUUAAGUUGUAGAUGUAUUAGUGUUUUUCAUCCGGGUCUGAUCCUUGUUUUUGUUUAAUUUAUGUACUACCUUUGUAAAUUAUUUCAGUAAAAAUGAGAUUGGGCGAUAGAAAUCGUGAUAGAAGUCGCAGUCCACUUAGAUCUCGGAAAAGUGGAUGUAAGAAAGUAUUUGUGUCGAACAUACCAUAUGAAUUCAAAUGGAAGGAGCUAAAAGAGUUGUUCAAAAAAGAAGUUGGAGAUGUGUCUUUUGUAGUUGUAUAUUCAGAUGAAAAAGACAAAUCUAGAGGUUGUGGUACAGUUGAGUUUGACAGAGCAGAUUCAGCUCAAAGGGCGAUCGACAAAAUGCAUCGUUUUGAUAUAAAUGGGAGAAAAUUAGUAGUUAAAGAGGAUGAUAUUGAAAGAGAUAAGAGUGGACGUCCACUACCAAAUGGACCUCGCAGUAGUGGUGGUGGUGGCGGUGGUGGGGGCGGUGGUGGAGGUGGUGGCGGCGGCGGCGGUGGUGGUAAUAUCCCAACUAGCAUCAGAAGUGCUAGUAGAAUGCCUGUAUCAGAUGAUUUUCAAUGGGAUAAUACGUAUGGACUAUCACCACAAUUUUUAGAAUCACUCAAUAUUCGUGGGCCACUCAUCAAUCGAAUUUUUGUCGCCAAUCUUGAUUACAAAGUUGACGAAAAAAAAUUAAAAGAGGUAUUUAAACUUGCUGGACGUGUAUUAGAAGUUGAAAUAUUUUCAGAUAAAGAAGGAAAAAGUAAAGGAUAUGGGGUAGUUGAAUAUAAUCAUCCAGUUGAAGCAGUUCAAGCUAUUUCUAUGUUCAACAAUCAAUUUUUAUUUGAACGUCCAAUGUCUAUACGUCUUGAUCGUACAGAUAAAGACCCAUUAGCAAGACUUCCCGAAGGCUUGAAAUCAAUAGGAAUGGGUUUAGGUGCAGGUGGAGCACCAUUGCACGAUGUUGAAAGAAAUCUCCCAUCAAAUAAUACUUCACCUAACCAAUCUCAGUCAUUAUCUACGCCUGUCAAUACAUCUGCUUUAGCUGUAUUAAGUGGAUUGAGUGCUGAUAGAUUAGGUAUUGAGACUCAGAAUCGACGUUCUCUUGGUGGAGUUAACGGACUGGGAAAUUUAAGUGCUAGUGAUUUGGGCAUUGGAACAAGUCUAGGGGCUGCUUUUGGAUCUGGUAUGAAUACUAGUGGAGCUGGAUCGAUGAAUAGUUCUUCACUACAUCAAAAUUCACUUGGUGGUCGUGAUUAUGAUUCUUUAUCACUUGGUGUACGAAAUUCAAGUAGCGGCGGUGGUGCUUUUGCUGCAGACUUUAGAUCCGGAUUGGGUGGAGGUGAUAUGCAUAUGGGUAUGGGUCCAAAAAAAUCUGACACAAUCAUGGUAAAAAAUUUACCAUCAAAUACAACAUGGCAAAGCUUAAAGGAUUACUUCCGUGACUGUGGAGACAUAAAAUUUUCUGAAGUUGGAAGUAAGGGAUUUGGAAUUAUUCGAUUUGCAUCUGAAUGGGAUGCUGAAAGAGCAAUAACUUUAAAAAAUUUGUCAAGAUUUGAUGGUCAUCUUAUUGAAGUAGUAUAUUUCUAACUACAAGUAUUAAGAUUGAGAUUUUAUAUUUAGCGGCCCGCUCAAAGAUAGUUGCUAACCGAAAUGGCCUGAUGAGGAAUAAAGGUUGGGCAUCACUGAUAUAGGAUAUUAUAUUAUAAUUUUGAUAAAUAUGCUUUUAACUUUUAUUAUUGAUAUAUAAUCUAAAAAAAAAAAAAAAUUAAAUUGUUAAAAUAAUAAUAAUAAUAAACAUAAAUUUGUUAAACUCGUUUUUUUUUAAACUAUAUUAAAUUCCAUAUUCAGAAAAUAUAUUUUUAAAGUACUUUUAUGGCAGAAUUUCUUAUUUUCCAUUGUGCACAUAAUUAUAGUGUUAACCAACAUUUUGAUAAUCAUAUACUUUUAAAGUACUGAUUAUGAAUAGUUUAAUAUACAGAAUAUGAAAGCUAGUGUAUACAUUAAAAAAAGAACUUACAUUUUGUUUUGUUAUUGUAAAAGUAUAAUUAAAAGUGAUAUGUUUGUUUUACUUAUCACCAUAAUUUACUAUUGGAGAAUAGUCUUUAGUAUUUGUAUACUUAUACUAGGUAUUUUUUUUUAUUGUUUUGUAUUUGGAACACCCAUGGUAAUUGAGGUGACCCUAUUUUUCAGUCAUUGUGCAAUUAUUAUUUAUUAUUUAUGGAAUCCAAUACUUCAUAUUGUUAAUAAUUUUUUUUUUAGAAAUAAGGUUUUUUUGAAUUCAGAAAAAUUAUGUUUUUCAUAUAAGUGAAUAAUUCAUUUAUUUUUUGUCAUCCUUUUAAUUUAAAUUUAUUAUUCUAUUAUAAUAUAAGAUAUUGACAGAAAUAUAAUUGUAUGUAUUAUUUAUUGUUUAAAGAAAAACAAAUUCUAUCUAUAAAGUAUA